AUUAUUAUAUUACCAUCAUUAUUCCACCUCCGUGGAACAAAAACAUCAUUACAUAGACACAAACAUAGAACUUUGCUCAACCUAGCUUCUUUCUAAUUUCCAAUGGAGGAAUCAUGGGAAAAUUUCCAUCUCCCCACGGAUCAAUUGGAUUGUGGUGAUGAUUAUUUCAUAGAUAAUUGCGACAACAUUAACACUGACGGUGACGAUUUUCUUAGAGAGAUUUUGUUACAAACACCACAAACUUUCUCUUCAGAAAGUGAAAUAAGUGAAUAUUCAUUUCAACAAGUUCAAAACGAUUCGGUUACUGUUAACGUUAACGGCGUUGUGGAGGUUGUUGGAAACAUGGUUAAAAGUAACAGUUCAAAUUCAAUAGUGUCUCAAAAACAAGAAGAUCUGAAUCCGAAAAAGGUUCCUCCUCGUCGAUGUUCUUUACCAAAGACAUACAUUUUGUCUUUUGAUAACUCAACUAUGAUACCGGCUACACCGGAACCGUGUCUCGAUUUCGAAGGUAAACGUGAUUCUCCUUUGGUUUCUAAUAAACGGAGUCAAGAGACUAAAAAUGGUGAACGGAAAACAAAUGAACGUAACGGAGUCAAGAGACCAAGAAGCGGUUCUCAAACCGUUGACCACAUUAUGGCAGAGAGAAAACGGAGACAAGAGUUGACUGAGAGAUUCAUCGCACUUUCAGCCACCAUACCUGGAUUGAGCAAGACAGACAAGGCUUCAAUUCUUCGAGCAGCAAUUGAUUAUGUGAAACAACUUCAAGAACGUGUUAACGAGCUAGAGAAAGAAGACAAAAACGUUGGUGUCGCAUCAGUGAUGGUCCUCAAGAAAACUAAUCUAUGUGGAAAUAAUGAUAAUGAAGACACAAAUUCUUGUGAAACAAAUUGUGAUGAUGAUUGCAACAACAUCCUCCCAGAAAUUGAAGCAAGAGUUAUGGGAAAAGAAGUUCUAAUUGAAAUCCAUUGUAAGAAACAAAAUGGAAUUGAGCUCAAAUUACUUAACCAUCUUGAAAAUCUUCAGCUCUUUGUCACUGGUAGCAGUGUUUUGCCAUUUGGGAAAUCAGCUAUUUCCAUUACUAUUAUCGGUCAGAUGAGUGAGGGGUACAAAGUAACAGGGAAUGAUCUAGUGAAAAGCAUUAGGAAAGUGCUCUUGAAGCCACAAAUGGUAUGUGGAAGUGAUCCGUACUAGUGUAUCAAUAAAACAAGUUGUAAUUACCAAAAAAAAUAAAAAAGUUUUUCGUGUGGAAUUGCAACUUUUGAAUUUUAUGAUCUUUUUUAGUUCAUUUCAGUUUGUUUCAUUGUUGAACGUAAUAUAAUAGUAUAUGUAAAGACUAAAGAUGGAACAAUGCUUGCUAAUAGCCAUGAGUUUAUGUUAAUUGAA